GAACUAUCUUGAUCUGAUCCUGAUUCGUGAAUUCGUGCUUGCGGUAGUCGCACAUUGCGCCAUUGCGCCUUAUUUUUGUGGAAAGAUUGCUCGCGGCCAGCGCAUGUGACCCAGUGUCUUCUUCCCCUGCACUCCGCAAUUCGUGGUUUUGCUUCCAGAACGCCCUGCCUCCAUCACACGGUGCUCCACUGUGGCUCCACAAUGAGGCGUCGCCGAGUGAAAGACAAUGGGACAACCUUACUUGAGGGAGGUGCUCAUGCUGGCCCGCUGCAGGAUACAACAGCCUCGCCCGACUCCAAUUUGGCUGCCUGUGAAACAAUCUCUGCUGAAUUUGCAGUGCAGUUGGCACCCCGUCGCCUUCGAUCCAGGGCCUGUAAAUUGGAUCAAGAUAAAGGAGACACUGCUUCAGCUCCACUACAUGACCUUGGCCAAAUGCCGGCUGCCGUGGAGACCACUACAGGAAGCGCAGCCCUGUUGAAAGACUCGACUAACAAGGAGCAUGGCACAUCUGAUGCUGGUGCUAUUCCAGAGCACAUCAUGCAGCUGUGCAAGAGUAUCUCAGACAAACAGUUGGUCUCAAAGUUAAGAAGCAAGGGCAAGCAUCAUGGCAGUAAUCUGGUUACCGUCAUUAAUGAAGCUGGUUUGCAGAUGAGUCUGCCAGGGUUUCCCAGAACUGACACUCAUGUUAUCUUGAGUCUCGUGCUUCCAUUCCUUGCAACUUCACAGCAAGCCAAUGAAACUCUGCCUUUAAAGAAAGGAAUUUCAAAAGUCUUUGCUUCUGGAAAGACAAAUGCAAGGCAACAUGAUGCCAAAAAGUGCGACAUCGUUUCAUCACUCGUGCACACUUUGGCCUCUAAGAGAACAAGUUCUACGGCUACCGUGAGCAGUCUCCUUGUUCAGGACACCUUGGUGGCAAAGGUGCAUGAUUCUGUGUCUGGUAAAACUGUGGUCCUUACUCCCACGUGCAAUCUUGUUGUGGAGCUGGACAGGUUAACCCCAGAGGAAAUAGCCUCCUUCACUUCUCGUCAGCACCGGUCAUCUGUGCAGAACGAAACAGCCCAAGAAGAUGGUGAUCGCUGCUUUCAAGUGACUAGAGAGCCAAAGUCAGUGCAUGAUGCUCAUGCACCUGGUCCUGAGCAAUCCCAGGGUCAGCAGUCAAUCAAUUUGUGUAGUGUGCAAGAAACUGAUGACUCCAAAGGCGGUGCAUCAGACACUGACGUACCUGCGCUUGAAAAGCAGCCCUGCCAAAACUACUCUAGUCGGUCUGACCACGAUGAGGAUUCGCCAUCCCUGUUAGAGCCCGAGCUGUGUCAAACUCUGCAGUCGUCGCCAUGUUCGUCGCAGGCAUCAUGUAAGGGAACACAUAGCAAGCGCCUAGGUGUAAGAAUUGGAAAUCCUGUACGAAGAGAUUUUGCUGACCAGGCAACAGAUGAGCACUUGCUAUCAGCCACUACAGAUCUUGAAGAGAGCUCGCAAAAGCAGCGCUGUGUGCCGUCGCCACCAUGUCCAGUUGAUCCUCGAAUGUCUGAGGCUGAAAGUGUACAUGUACAGGAUCCUCCGCAAGGCACUAAAAGGCACAUUGUUCGUUCAGUCAGCCCUGACGUGUUGCGUUCACCAAAGAGGCGCAGGAUGCGGUUUACAGCACUGCAAGAAGAAGCGCUCGUAUAUGGAGUUAUGAAGUAUGGCAGAGGAAGCUGGAAAGAAAUCAAUGAGGAUGGCUGGUUCAAUGGGCGCCGUACAACAGAGCUCAGUGACAAGUACAGAAACUUGGAGAAGUACGGCCAUCUUCCGAAAGUCAAGAGACGUGUGAGGGACAUGCUUAGUGCUGGUGUGAAUCCCCUGAAGGAACUGCGUGCUGUGUAUGAUCGGCAGCGGCUACAGCGAGCUACGUCAUCGACAGCAGACACGCUGCCACAUGGCAAGCAGAGUCCUGCGAGCCAGCCAAAGGAGUCGGGAGGAGCCCUGCCAGCACGCUGCCCUCCCGAUGGAGACAGCACAACUACGUUGUCGGACGACGAUGCCUCUGCGGAGGCAUUGCAAAAGCAAGCUGAGCCUCGAGGACCAGUCUUGCUCAAGACGGUGUGCAGCAGCCCCUGUGGGCCGUCUACAUCACAAGCACAUCCGUCUGCACAAAGCCAAUAUAGUUCAGGUUCUGAGACAGAUGUGUUGCAGGAAAUUGUCCCAUCCAAGUUCAAGGAGAAGCGGCGAAGAGUGCCCUUCACGCCGCUGGAAGAGGAGGCACUUGUGGCCGGAGUUCUGAAGUUUGGCAAAGGGAACUGGUUGCGUAUACUGAUGGAAGGUGGCUUCCUCGGGAGGACAAGCACACAGUUGAGUGACAAGUAUCGGAACUUGAAGCUGUAUCGCCAGCUGGAUGCGAUUGAGAGGACUGUGAAAUCUAAGCGUGAUCGGGGGGAGGACCCUUUGGAAGAGCUCCGAAGGUUAUCUGCUGCUCACUGGAAGCGGUGACAAAAGGCUAAGCCAGCAUCUUUAGACGUUAGAAUUUUAGUUUUACUUUAAUUUAUGGCCGCCUUUUUAAAUUAAAUGCUUUUUAGUUAAGACAACUGUAAAUGUACUUCCAUGCUUUCUUAACUGAAGAAUAUGGCAGCUUAGGCGUCUUAUUCAUUUAGGGCAUCAGGAGUUCCACUUUAAGGCUUCAAAAUGCUUCAGUCAAAGGCACCAGGGAAUUUUGUGCAUACAGAUAUCCGACUGGCCCAGUUAUGUACAGCUUCAUAAGAAUGGAAACUUGAGCGAGUUGGUAUGCGUUCAUCUUGGUUGAAACAGCGCUCACGAAACGACGACGAAGCAUAAGAAAGCACAGGACAGGUGCUGACACGCAACUAAAGUUUAUUAGGAAAAACACGCAUAUAUAUAGGUGAUGAGCAACAUAAAACAAAACAACUAAAAAACCAAACAAGUCUCAGGCAAGUAAAAGCAAAAAAAGCAAGUAUCAUACUCUGCAGGUGCUGCAAAGGUACACAAAUUCUGAGUCACUGAGUGAAAUCGAUGGCAUGCUAACACACUUAUCUCCUUUCCUUCUAAUGUGGAAGGCCUCGAUCACUUCCCUUGCUACCUGCUCUUUGUGAUGUAAUAAAAUCAUUGUGUCACUGAAGAAGGGUGCGCAAUGAGUGCACCCUUCUUCAGCGACACCCUUCUCGCCGCUCAUGGCAAUGAGCGGCGAGAAGAAAAGGAGAUAAAGUGUGUUAGCAUGCCAUCGAUUUCGCUGAGUGACGCAGAAUUUUUGUACCUUUGCAGCACCUGCAGAGUAUGAUACCUGCCUUCUUUUUGCUUUUACUUGCCUGAGACUUGUUUGGUUUUUUCGCUUUUGGUGUUUUUAGUUGUUUUGUUUAUGUUGCUCAUCACCUAUAUAUAUAUAUAUAUAUGCGUGUUUUUCCUAAUAAACUUUAGUUGUAAGUCAGCACCUCUCCUGUGUUUUCUUAUACUUAGUUGUCGUUUCGUGAGCACUGUUUUAACCAAGAUGUACAAGUUGCUGCUUCAUUGUAAAAAAGUGUGCAUGUCAGUAUUGUGGAGCUUGGGAUUUUGAAGAUAUAGGAAUUCUUGAAUGUUGUGAUGAGAGAUGGGUAAGAAUGUUGUGGACAGUCUGUAUGUAUAAGAAUGAUGGCUAUGUAGUAGUCACACAUGUGCUGCGAUGAAGUUCACUAAAUGAUUGCAAUGAUGCAUGGCUGCUGAGAGAGGCCCCAAAGUUCAUACUGAGGAGCAAAUGGGCCAAUGUCAUUGUGGGAGGAGUAUAGUGCGUGUGAAAAGUCCGGUGAUGUUAUGUGCUGUACAAACAAUGCGAACAAGAGCGGGAGCUUAUUCAUGACCUCGUGUGCGGCAGCGUGCGUGUGGACAUGCUGAAACCUUCACGACUUCAUUAAAGGGCCGCUGUCCAUGGCUGUUUACCGGAGUGGCAGCAGGAACACAAUGUGUUUGCAGAAUAAGAGAACUCGAUGUCUUCUGCCUGCCCUGCUAGCUGUUAUCAGUGUCCAGACCAGUCCUCAUAGUAUUAGGAACUCUGGCCAGCCCCCUGUGCCCCCUGCACCUUGCCCCAUCCUUAGGGCUCCAUAACCCUCUGAGCUCCAUGGAAAAGGCCUGUUUGGCGCCUGUUUAUACAUGUGUAUAAAGUUUCAUUGUUUGACUUU